AUGGCCCACUUCAGCCCCCAGCAAGACCUCUCGCCCCAGGACUCGACAUUCCUCUUCAUCAACACGCUCCAGGAACAACUGGCCAAGUCCGAGUUCGUGACCAGCAUCAACAACCCCACUGCAACAGCAGACUCACCGCCUCUCGCUCCGGUUCGGGCACCGGCUGCCGCAGCAAAACCAAAGCCAAAAUCAAACGAGAGCAGCAGGACCUCGGUCGUCGCGUCGUCGUCGUCGUUGCCCGCAGCAACGAAGCCGUCCGCCUCCAACUGGUCGGAAAAGGAAAGCCAGGGAGCGAGGAUCACCAGAUUGAAACCGCCCAGACAAGCCAAGUAG